AUGACUUCGAAUGGGAAACACAAUUUUACGGGAGACCUAACGCGGUCCGAGUCCAAUUUGCGAUGGUACAAUGCCUACGCGCCUGUCGAUCCCAAUAUCUACACACAAAUGCGCCCCAAAAAGCUCCACGCUUCCAGGGCUGGUCAGGUUUCUCUCCACCGAUACCAAUCCGGGGUCGACACGUAUGGGUGCUACUUGACCUUCAAAGUACGCGAUUCGACCACACCUAAGAUCAUUGCCUCAAUCUCAAACGCACCCCUCGAGUUCUCAAUCCGUGGGGGGGCGGAGAUCCCGUAUCUCCAGCUUGUUCUUAAGCUGAAAGGAGAGAAAGUUACGAACAACCUCCGAAUGGUAUGGACAGCAUGGGACGGUGACGGCAAUUUGACCAACCGAGUGCCCACUUUCAAUGCGGACACUCAAUUUCCGAUAACACUGUCGGCAAGAUUAUCAAGUGUCACGAUUUCCAAAACCAUCCUUGACAAUCAGACGGCCAAGCUAUGUCAAGGGUCAGAGGGUGCCGAAGGAUACGUUAUCUCAUGGGCGUGGACGAAAGGCCCUCAUUGCUUCGAUCAUAUGCUUCCGAAUAGUGUCCUUCAAAGCCUCGAUUCCGGACAGAGAAAAAGCGUGCACGACUUCCAAGAACUGGGCCGAAAUGGUUGGUCGAUCACAGUGACUACCCGUGCUCGAGCACAUCUUCUGAUGGACUGGAACGCAUUUUCUGCAAUGCCGAACCCAACACCACCUCCGUACCCUUAUUACAACUGUUCCUACGUCAAAGCCAGCGACAUUUUUUCGGUUAUUGAUACUAUUCCAUCGGUGUCUGAUGAGAUCAUCCAAAUCCAUCAUCGCAAAAGACAGCUAGGUUGGCAAAAUGCCCCCUUGGGAGACCACAAAUACGAGCCGGAAAUGCAAUUGCUGAAUUUCUUUCUCAACGCCCCUCUCACAUUCAUCAACGAAAGGGAGUACGAGGCUGUGAAGAUGAUCGGCCUCCUUCGGGAGACCGCAGCACAAGAAGAGGCGUACAUACACCAGUUCAACAGGACAUACGAAUUUGAGCUGAUUCCCAUGCCCGGAUCAAACACAAAGCAAGGCGAGCCUUCCGACUAUUACUACGCUGUUCUAGAGGUGAUGACAAUACACAACGAAGAUAUCAAUCUGGAACAAAUUCUCCCUCUUCCAGAGCCUGGAACGCCAGUAGAGAUCGAUCCUUGUGAGACAAUUUCGCCAGAGAUGAGAGGCUCUUCCAAGAGUCGAAAGUGGGUAGGAAAAGUCAUAUCAAGCUCCGUACUUGAUCGCGUGAAGAAGACCCCUCUCACCUCUAUUUGCAUUCAAAUCAAAAGAGCCCAGGAUCGAGAUUCCAUUGGACGGGUUCUGAGGCUCGAAGGUCAUGUUCGAUUUGGAUACCCACAAGUGGCAAUCGUCCAAGCACGCAAGGCAAUCAGAUAUGCAAUGUACGGAAAUGAUCACUUCGAAAUCCCAAGAGAGAACAAGAUGAAGCAGCUUUUGUUGGGCAACGAAAACACAAACAUCGAGUUCUUUAUGCCGUCUCAGUUGAAAAUCGACCGUCAAGCCGAGAUCUUUUUACGGUCUGAGAGAACUCUGAAUACCCAACAGAUUCGGGCGGUCAGCUCUGCCUUCAAUUUUGGUGCCACUUUUCGAAGUUUCAUGGGGCUGAUUGAGGCCCCACCUGGCACAGGCAAGACGCAGAUUUCAGCGGUCAUUGCUAAGUUUUGCUUCAAACACAACAAGCCUCUUUUGAUUGUCUGUGGGUCCAACUACGGGCUGGAUGUCAUUGCAAACCGCAUUCGGGAGGUGCUGAACAUUGAUGACCCUACAGGCAUCGGUUUCUACCGACUGGACACUGACUUCGGAGAGACUCCGGAGAUGCAGAUGUCUCCUGAGAUGGAAGGCGCCGAGGGAACUGAUGCAACGCGCCAAAAUCCUAGCUCGUGUCCUGGAUUUCAGGAGGUUGAAAAGGAGCUUCGAGAGCGUGGGAUUUCCGAUAACAUUUGGACGACUUUGACAUCGGCAAUUAAUUCAAUGACCGCUCCCGGUAGAAGCUCAUCUCUCGGGCGCCAAAUCAUGUCGCGUAUCAACGAAGCUGUCAGUUCCGGGCGCCUCAGGCAGGCCAAACUAGAUGAAGAAUCGCAGUUGAUGCUGGAAUUCCUCACAUUCCAGGAACUACUACGUCGAGAGGGACGGACCUUUUUGGAGCCAGCCGACUACGAGGACGCUCUGGCUGUACAGGUACAUGGCCGUGCGCGAGAAGGCGAUCAAGACGACCGACAAAGUCUUCAUCAGAUGAUUGUGCAAAAUUACCGAAGAUGGUGGCUCGCUUUGCAGGAGUUCUACUUGAGCCGAGCUAAGGUGGUUCUUUGCACGGCCUCUACCGCCGGACGGAAGUCUCUACGAACAUUCAAACCCCAAAUUGUCCUCAUUGAAGAGGCCUCACAGAUCAUAGAGCCAACAUGCCUCAUUGCAGUCAUGAGGAAUUACUCAAAGCUGCAAAAGGUCAUUCUGAGUGGCGAUAGGCAACAACUCCCGCCGGUUGUGAUUUCAGCCGGCAAAAAUGAAUGCUUUCCCUCAGACAGGAUGUCCCUGUUCGAGCGCAUGCUUCAAACCGGGUGUUCAACAGUCCAACUGAAUACCCAAUAUCGGAUGGCGCAGAACAUCAGUGACUUCGUCAGUACUCAGUAUUAUCAUGGGAGGCUAGAAACCCACACUUCCUGUGUUGGCAGGCCAAAGGCACUACACUUCGCAAAUUUCAUGACUAAAACCUUCGUUCAAAUUGAACCUGGUACGUCCUACUUUGUGUCAGUCAACAAUUCAAUUCUCUGGAAACAGAAGAAUGGGACAUCUGUGUUUAACCCUGAUUACGUUCAAUUCAUCGGCCAGCUUGUAGAGAAGCUUAUGCUAAAGAAUUUCUUGCAAGAAGACAUCCUCAUCCUUUCCUUUUACAGUGAGGAAAGGAACCUUCUCGAUAAGCUGAUCCGCCUGAAAUUAGGGUAUAAAAAAAUCCGCAUCUCGAGUGUAGAUGCUGCCCAAGGAACGGAAAGCACGUUUGUCAUCUUAUCGACCACCCGGCCAGGGAAGCCGUGGGGAAUGGGGUUUAUUAACAACCUUCCCCGUCAAUGUGUGAGCCUUAGCCGGGCACGAGACGGACUGAUAGUCGUUGGUCAUCAGUCAAUGGGUUUGAUCGACAUAGGGAAUGUACAAGUACCUGGAGGCUUAGGGGCUCAGGCUUGGCAUAGGUUGGUGAGAAAGCAUGAAGCUGACAGGCGUAUCAUUACCUGGAAAUCUCGUGAUCAUACCUGGUUGAAGGAAAAACUCGGUGUCCCGAAUGAAAAUCAGUAUAUGGUCGCCCCGGUUCGAUGA